AGUUCCGGUACAUCCUGAGUAGGUUUAAGCUAGUUAAAAAUGAACUUUCCCUACACUGUAUAGAGCACUGUGGUGUCAUAUUCUAAACACUGACGAACGCCAUCACUCAAUUGGCUGGAGGCAUUUAACAAAGAUUCGGUGGACUUGUCAGAGUGUGUUGACAAGAAGAUACAGUGGGCUGGUUUUGUUGUUACUGUGACGUCAAUGGAAGCUACAAUGAGAGGCAACGUGCGCUUAAAAGCGGUGUGGAGCAUUGUGGUUUACUGCACGGAACGAUCCACAUCAGUCAGAGGACACAAAGAUGCUCACACCCGUUGCACUAUUACUGCAUGUGGCCCUGGCUUACGGGGUCAAAUGGGGCUACACCACUGAACUUCAUGCAGCUGGCAUGGGAUGAGUUCCAGUGGAUUGCCUCAUUCAGAUUCACCCUGUGAUUUACUGCCACCUAAAGCCAACAGGGCUCAGAUGGAGAAAGCCACUGGCUCAAACACUUUCCAUACUGUUCUGGACCUAUGCAGUCACCAGUUGACUUCAAGACAGACAAACUUAUCUUUGACUCAUCUUUACGCCCAAUUGUGCUUGAGAACUACGAUCUUACAGGUCAACGCGCUCUUACGCUGAAAAAUAAUGGACAUACAGUCCAAGUCUUACUUCCCUCGGGUAUGACCGUCUCCGGCCUUCCUCAACGCUACACUGCAACUCAGCUUCACAUCCACUGGGGCUCCAAAACUAAUCCCCUUGGUUCGGAGCACACGGUCAACGGUAAACAGUAUGCUGCUGAGCUGCACAUUGUACACUACAAUUCAGCAAGAUACACCAAUGUUUCCAUGGCUUUUGACAAAUCUGACGGUUUGGCUGCACUGGCUGUUUUAAUUGAGAUUGGGGCCCAUAAUCCAAGUUUUGAAAAGAUUUUACCUUAUUUCAGUCAAGUUAAAUACAAGUCAAACAGCCAUAAAAUUCCAGCAUUUGACAUCAGGCAGAUGAUGCCUCAGCGUUUGGAUGAGUAUUUCCGCUACGACGGCUCUCUCACAUCGCCGCCUUGCUAUCAAAGCGUCACGUGGACGGUGUUCAAGAAUCCUGUCAGCAUCUCUCAGGCUCAGUAUAACAUCUUGACGACAACUGUGUUUGCCAACAAAGCUGGUAAAACACCCAACGUGCCUCUUGUUAAUAUCUUUAGGAAAACACUCCCAAUUGACAACCGUAUUGUCCUGGUGUCCUUUAAGCACGGAGUGACUACCCACAAGUCAGUCACAUGCACCCUCAAGAGGAAGGCAAUCAUUCGCCAACUGUUGGGCGGCGAAGUGGAGGAGAUCAUCGAAAGUGGACUCUUGCCCCUAAGCGUCAGCAAGUCACUCUACAAGGGCUACGCUCAAGCUGAAUUGAAAGCACACAACACGGGAUUUACGUCGGCACUUGAGAAGGCAUCUAAACGGCUGGCCAUGUUAAAGGACAUCGCUCAGCCGACAUUGGCCUUUGGUUCGUUGCUCCAGCAGAAGUCGCUUGAAAUCCAACAAUCAACCAACCCUAAGAGUCUUUCCGUUUCUCUCGCUGAAGCCGUUCUCCCGAAACUCAACCUCAAGAGCUUCCUGUCCUGUAAGUCGGACAUCGCUCUGGCCACCGUCAAGUAUCUCCUUAGCGGUCGGCCUUUGAGGGGCAAAGAUGAGGAUUUCUUCCUCCUUGACCCUUACCUUGAUAGUUAUACAAUGCAUACUUGGCUUUUGAAAAGGGAGUGGGAGGAUUAGAGCGAUUCCUCCUGUAGUUGAGUUGCUUUAUGUUGCACUCUCUAAGCAUAGUAAAAGUCUAAUUUUGGUCAUGCUCUGCAUUAUCUGGCAUGUUAUC